CAACAGUGCUUGGCCAGAGCUCGUUGUACGCACGGUUUGCGGUGAGGCCAGCCCCUGUCCCCAAGACCUGUUUUCUGUUUAUUUUGCUGCUGCAUCCACGCGCUCGUUCAGUGGGUCUCUACUCAAGCUCCAGCGUUGUAGGAGAUUGCCAUCACUUGGGGAACCAUAGCAACAUCACUGCGGAGGCUUGCUGAGCACAUGACAUCACAGGGUCCAUCAAUUUUUGAAAGCGCAUCGGUCUACAGUGGCAGCCCGCUACAAGCAGUAGUACCAACCCAGCCUUACCACUUUAUGCCCUUGCGGGCGUCAUUGCAGACACUGCGUUGCUUGUCACGAGGGCUGUCGUCACACCAGCAUGAUCCAUACCGGCAGGACCCAAGGGUGGCUCAAGCAGCCGAUUGACACCCUCCCAACAUGGGCAACCUUUCAUGGUGUAACCUUCAAUGGCAUCAAAGUCGGACCAUUGCCGGGCUUUGAAGACAGAGGAUCGACUGUCAUAGCAGACCGUGAGCUUGAGGGAGGCAAAGUGGAGCCUCUUCUCGUUGUGCCCAAAGAGCUCAUCAUUUCGCGGCAGAAUGUUGAGCUUUUUGCUAAGUCGGAUCGUCACCUACGCGAAGUUCUCGAAGCUACAGGAGAUUUUGGAAGGACGACCAGAGGUGCGGUAUUGAUUUUCCUUCUCAUGCAAGCGACUAUCUGCUGUCCAGACAUCAAAGACGUUGGCGUCCUGAACCCGCUUACCGAAUACAUCAAGUAUCUUCCUGAUGAGCUUCUACCAACCUUCUGGUCAGAGGAAGAGCAUGAACUACUGACGGGAACCACUCUGCAGCCAGCAGUUCGUGCAAAAUUGAACAGCUUGCUGCGUGAGUUUGAAACCGUACGGACAGCCACUGAGAACAUCGACUGGUGCGCAAAGUACUGGUGGGAUGAAGACAAUGGCCUUGUCACCUUCGACGACUGGAUGUGCGUCGACGCAAUGUACCGCUCAAGAGCUCUGGAGUUCCCAGGCGUUGGUGACUGCAUGUGUCCAUGUGUAGACAUGGCGAAUCAUGCUUCUGGCGACGCUACUGCUGCUCUCUACGAAACGGAUCAAGAUGGAGACGGUCUACUCUUGCUGCGGGAAGAUAAGAAGAUAGGCAAAGAAGGAGAGAUUACAAUCACAUACGGUGACGACAAAGGAGCAUGUGAGAAAAUCUUCUCUUACGGGUUUCUUGAAGACUCCAUAACCUCGGCAAGAGUCAUGUUCCUGAAUUUAGACAUACCAGACGACGACCCUUUGCGGCCUGCAAAGAUAUUUGUUUCAACAGCUGCCCCAGGCUUCCGCGUAUUUGAAAAGACAGGAGACGUCGACUGGGAAAGCGACUUCAUCUGGCUCGUGGUUGUCAACGAGGAGGAUGGACUGGAUUUCAAGGUCAGACAGACUGUCGACGGCAAGCGAAAGAUCCAAGCCCUUUGGAAAGAUGAUGAGCUAGACGACACCAGCAAGCUCCGGGAAUACCUACAUGGGGACCCGUUGUGGGACAUCUACCAACUUCGAGCGACGGUACUGCUGCAGGGCCGUGUGGAGACGCAGAUCGAAACCCUGAAGGAAGUAGGAAACCCUCAGAAAGAGGCAUCGGUACGAGAAGUCCCAUGGAUCCUUGCGGAGAGGCUCCGUACCCUGGAACUGGAGCUGCUCGAAAGAGCCAUGGACGCCUUUGAAAAUCAGAAAUCGAGACUCCUUGAGUCAGCAGUUGUUCAGCAGUACCUGGGCAUCGGUGGUGACGGCGAAGGAGAAGAGGAGGUCGACUUCACUUAAGGUCACAGAGUUACACACGACAUAUCAGGCUCUGUACACCAUGGGCAGUCGCUAUUAGAGGGCUGUAUAAGGUUCGAGCUAUUGGCUGCAAGAUUUUGAUAUACCUCAUGCAUGGACUCUCGCAGCCUUGCCAAAGCGGCAACUGCAACAUCAACAAUGUAUCGAAACUUGGUUCCAACUUCACACCGGGUCUUCCCUUAGUCUUUGGUUGGAUGUAUGCUAGUCUAGCG